CUUCAUAAUGACAUCUCAGGUCACAGACCGGCCUCGAAGGUUACUGCUGCUCCCCACGUCGCUGUCCACCAUGAUCCUGUACCUGCUCUUCCCUCUUUUAAUCACAGGUAUUUUGGAAUCCCAAGCAGCCAACAUGACAGUGGAAGAGUGGAGCAAAGUUGAGGGGAACCAAACUUACAGUGUGUCCACCAAGUAUAACAGUACAAUUAUACCAGGCAAUGCGACAUCCAGUUUUUACAACGACGAGAAGAGUCAAAUAGAGGAGGAACUACAAAACAACCAAACAUCCACAGUUAUCACAGAGGAUGAUGAGAAUUUUCAGGACCAGGAAAGGGAGUUCCCACACAGACACUGCCGACAGGACAUUCUGGUAAACAUCAGUCACGGCAUUUGUGGAGCAAAUUUUCACAGCGAAAUGCUGACAAUCAGCAGAGAAAACUGGUGUCUCCUGGAAAGUAUCACCAGACCAUACAGUAGCAUGACAUCUUGCUUGGAGAAUCUGUGUCAAAUGGUUGACUGCUACUAUCCAAACCCCGACAUUCAAGACUUCUUCCUCUACAUCCACUCCUACUACUUCCACAACUGCACUAAGGAGGAUCUGCCCUUUGAGGAUGCACCUCACGAGCUGGUGAUGGCCCUCACGCUCAUCCCCGUGAGCCUGAUCCCCAUCCUGGUUUAUCUGGUGGUUUGGAAAAGUAAGGUCCAAGAGUGAGUCAUGUGAGACUUGCACCUACAAUGAACCUCAACUCUCUGUACAGGUUAUAUAUGAGAAUAUGCUCCAGAAACUGCCGUAUAUUUUUACAGGACAUAAACCAUAAAUCGAAAUGUUUUAAAAUAAAUCUAAGUUAAAAAAUAUGUAAUGUAGUAUAAACAGUUAUUUUUAUAGGGCUUUCAAAGAGUAUGUAUGGUGUUUUGGGAAAUAUGCUUAUUUGCUUUCUGGCACAGAGUUAGAUGAGAAUAUUUGUACCACUCGCAUGCCUGUAUGCUAAAUAUGAAGCUAUAGCCACCAGCUGGUUAGCUUAGCUUAGCAUAAGGACCGGAAUCAGGGGGGAAACAGCCAGCACGGCUCUUUCCGAAUGUGAGAAAAUUCCGUGAAUCGUUGUUUUUACAUGUCCGUCUUUUUGUUGAGAUUAAACAAGCGGGGGCAUAGCGUGUUAAUUAUUGAGUUUAAAACUGGGUGGAUUUUCUUACCUUUGGACAGAGCCGUGCUAGCUAGCUAGUUUCCAGUCUUUAUGCUAAGCUAAGAUUACCGUGUGCUGGCUGUAGCUUCAUAAUUAAUCCCACAGACACGAGCUUGGUAGCAGUCUUCCUAUCUAACUCUCCGUCAGAAAGUGAAUGAGCAUAUUUCCCACAAUGUCAAGCUAUCCCUUUAAGCGACACAGUGCAUGAACGCAUCCAGAGCAGUCAGAGAGGCUCUGCACUGCAGCACGUUGGCUCUGAAAUUCACGGUUGCUGCUUCUCACAUCAGAUGAGCCGCGCAGCCACUUUAAUGAAUAGCAAGAAGGCAACUAGACAAGUUGACAUAAACCUUAAAAUGUCACAAAGUUUAGUCACAUCUUUGGCAAAUCGCCUCGGAGAAAUAUCUGAUACGGUGAAUGAUGGUGAAGAAAACAAAGUGUGGAAUAUGUCAUGUAAAGUGUAUACUAACACAGAAACACAGUUUCUAUGAGGAGAAGUCACAUUAAUGGGGAGUAUGAGUUCUCCGUCUGUGAGUGGGCUCUCUUAUUGUUGUGCAUACAGUAAUCUAAUUUCCUUAUCAUUUUCUAAUAUGCGGCUUUAUGAAGUCUGUAUUAUUUGUUGAAAGAAAGUUCUUGCAAUGACCCCUUGUUGCACUGCAUUAAGUCUCAUUGCCAGGAGGUUUUAUUAUUUUUGACCCGGCAUCCAACGUCACAUUUUUUUCAGGCAUCACAAUCACACGUGCAAAGCUGCACGCGGGGGAGAGCAAGUGUACGCAGCAAACAAACAAACAAACAAACAAACAAACAGAAAUGGAUGAUGGAAUCUCACCUGAGACGAAACAGCGUCAACUUUCUAAGCGAGCACAUCGACUUAAAUCACUGAUGUUGCUGGCAGUACUGUGUAUUUGUAUGUGUGUGUGAUAUCUUUGUGAGGACCAAUUUGAGUUUCAAAACUUGAGGGAGGGGAUUUAUUAUUAUAAUUUUUAUUUUUAUAUAUUUUUUAUUUUUUGUGAAAUCUGAACAUUUUUCCCAACCUGUUUGGGGGGUCAAAGCUUGGUUUCAAGUUUCAAGGUUAGAAUAUGCUUAAGGUGAGAGGUUAUAGAGGUCAGAGUCCUCACAGGUGUAGAAAUACACGCUAAUCUACUCUUAUAGAAGCACUGUGAUGUUGCUGGUUCCUGCUGGGACGUAGAGGACGCUGAAGAUAAGAGGAGGAGGAACCAUUAGCACAGAGUCUCAUUAACGCCAUCGCUGCUUGUCCUCUGUAUGCACUGGAAUGAAACACACAUGCAAACACAGACACACACACACACAGACACACACACACACACACACAUAAUUUGCUUCAGCCAGGUCAACUAAAAGUAAAACCAAAUUUCCCUCUUCACACUGACACCACCCUGUACACCAUACACUCGAUCACACUUCCAGUUUCUGGUCACCCAAAUGUGACUCCUGUCUUGGUUUUUUUUGGGUUUUUUUUUUUUUUG